CUCAAAGAUGGCGUCAGCUCUGGAGCCACUGGUCUCUGGCUGCAUUUUUCUGGCUUGUUGAUGUCUGUGUUUCAAACGCAUUCUGGCACAUUCUCCUCUACCACUCGACCCGAUAUUCCGGAGCUUCUAAAGAAGGUUUAGUAGACCUGAGCCUGCAUUGCUUCCUGGACUGAGGAAUCUGUUGUGGACCACCCAUACCAGCCGAGUUAGGAGCUGAGAAGAAGGACUGGACUUUUGAAUGAUAUUCUCACACUUGAAGGUUUUUAUUUCCCCAGUGGAAGAAAAGGAUAUCCAUGCUUUAGUCCCCAAAGCAAUUCCUUUUAAUUCUUCACAAAGAUGCUCCAUCUAAACGGAUAACACUAAGCACUGGAACUAAGGAUUCUACCAGACACCCAAGGCUCUAUUCAGCUGGCCUAUGUGGAAACAGUGUUUUGCAAUUUUGUUUUCUCUUGGAGUAAUUGCUGUGUCUGCCUGUUGCAUACCUUCCUCCUUUGCUUUGGUGUGUCCACCCUUCAAGCAGAAGGGUUACUGGGAUAAGGGGAUCUGUUUUAGGUUGGGGGGGGGGGGGAUUUAGGGAGCCUAUGCUAUGGUGACCGGCUCCCUCUUUAACAGCUUCUGCUUAGGCACAGAGAGACUUUCUGCACCACCCCGGGACAAAGGAUAGCCUCUUAGACGAAAAACGAGGAGGAGGUGGAGGACGAUAAGGCAGCGCCAGGGCUGAGGCCACUGGGUGCUUCCUAACGGUUGUAAUAGUGUUUUGGGCUGUGGCCUAGUGGUAUCGCAGCAACCAUGGUGAAGCUGGCCAACCCGUUGUACACCACCUGGAUCUUGGAAGCCAUCAAAAAGGUAAAAAAGCAAAAGCAACGGCCGUCUGAAGAGCGCAUCUGCAAUGCUGUGUCAAUGUCCCAUGGGCUUGACCGCAAGACGGUUCUGGAGCACCUUGAGCUCAGUGUUAAAGAUGGCUCUAUACUCAAGGUGUCCAACAAAGGGCUUAACUCUUACAAGGACCCCGAUAACCCUGGACGUUUGGCGUUCCCGAAGCCCAGGGCGGGAGGAGGUGGAGUGAGUUCCAGCACCACCAGCUCCACCAAAAAACCUAGUCUGGACUGGAACAAACUACUCAAGCGCUCUUUGGAAGGGCUUCACGAGCCUGGCGGAUCUUCUUUAAAGAGCAUUGAACGCUUUCUGAAAUGCCAGGCUGAUGUUGCUGGUUUUCUGUCUGGUAGUGGGUCUAUGGGGCCAGGCCUUUUUCACCAGCAGCUCCGGCUGGCCCUGAAGAGGGCCGUCGCUCACGGACGGGUGGUAAAGCUAGGCCCGCUCUUCCGUUUGGUUAGCAGAAGUUCUCAUAAUGACGGGACUGGUUGUGUAUCUCUGGAUUCUCUGCCACCAGUGCGUCUGCUGCCACAUGAACAGGAUCGGCCUGUGGCAGAGCCCAUACCCAUCUGUAGUUUCUGUUUGGGGACCAAGGAACAGAAUCGUGACAAGAAGCCAGAAGAGCUCAUAUCCUGUGCAGAUUGUGGGAAUAGUGGUCACCCAUCCUGUUUGAAGUUCUCUCCAGAGCUAACGACAAGGGUCAAAGCUCUGUGGUGGCAGUGUAUCGAGUGCAAGACCUGCAGCAGCUGCCAGGACCAAGGAAAAAAUGCUGACAGCAUGUUGUUUUGUGACUCCUGUGACCGAGGUUUCCACAUGGAGUGUUGUGACCCCCCACUUAUGCGGAUGCCGAAAGGCAUGUGGAUCUGUCAGAUCUGUCGGCCGAGAAAAAAGGGAAAAAAGCUUUUACAUGAAAAAGCAGCACAAAUCAAACGGAGAUACAAUGCACCACUUGGACGGCCGAAGGGCAGACCGGGCCGACCCUUUAAAAAGCUUCGAGGUGGUGGGCGUGGCAGGAGAAGGCGGGGUGUUGGAGGCGUGGACCAGUGCUCACAGGGCUCCUCCUCCCCACACUCUUCCUCAAGCUCCUCGUGUGAAGGUUAUCCUGGUGACGAUCGCAUGCUUUUCUCUCUCCGCGGUGAAAAUUCUGAGCAGGGUGGCCUGCGCUUCAACAAAAAGACAAAGGGACUGAUCGAUGCUCUGAGCAAGUUUUUUACACCAUCCCCAGAUGGGCGGAAAGCUCGCACUGAAGUGGUGGACUAUUCCCAGCAAUACCGCAUGCGCAAGAAGAGCAAUCGCAAGGGUGAGCAGGAUGACAGUAUAGGAGACAAUCAGGAGUGUGGAGACUGGCGGGAGGAUGAAGACAAGUUGCCAGGACACGAGAACCUAACUGAGAAUGAUGUGGAGCUCUUCAGACACAUUCAGGAACUGGCACUACAGAAAGUUGGCGUGACUGGGCCGCCUGACCCCCAGAUGCGCUGCCCAUCCGUCAUAGAGUUUGGGAAGUAUGAAAUUCAGACGUGGUAUUCUUCUCCAUACCCACAGGAGUACAGCAGGCUCCCUAAACUCUACCUGUGUGAGUUCUGUCUGCGCUACAUGAAGAGCCGCAGCAUUCUAUACCAGCACAUGCGAAAGUGCAACUGGUUCCACCCACCAGCCAAUGAGAUCUACAGGAAGGACGAUGUGUCUGUGUUCGAGGUGGAUGGAAAUGUCAGCACAAUAUACUGUCAGAAUUUGUGCCUGCUGGCCAAGCUCUUCCUGGACCAUAAGACCCUAUACUACGAUGUGGAGCCCUUCCUCUUUUAUGUACUCACGCAGAAUGACGAUAAAGGCUGCCAUCUCGUUGGAUACUUUUCAAAGGAGAAGCAUUGUCAACAGAAGUACAACGUAUCCUGCAUCAUGAUUCUACCACAAUAUCAGCGCAGGGGCUAUGGGCGAUUCCUCAUUGACUUCAGUUAUCUGCUGUCCAAGAGGGAAGGCCAGCCAGGCUCACCAGAGAAGCCUUUGUCAGACUUGGGCCGACUCUCCUACAUGGCAUACUGGCGUAGUGUAGUGCUGGAAUGCCUGCAUGAAAUCAGAGACAGGCAGCUUACCAUCCGCAAACUCAGCAAAGUCACUGGAAUUUGCCCUCAAGAUAUCACAGCCACCCUGCUUAAUCUCAACAUGCUGGAACAGAGGGGAGACCAGGUGGUUAUUCUGCGCAGAGAGAAGCUGGUGGCCACUCACAUGGCCCGACUGAAGGCCAAACCUCGGCAACUUGAAGUCGAUCCAGACUGUUUGCGCUGGACACCUGUUAUCGUCACCAAUACAGUGGUAUCUGAGGGAGAGGGGGAUGAUGAUGAGGAAGAAGAGGAAGGAGAGGGGGAACCUAAAAAAGUGAUUAAACACAGCCAAAAGAGCUCUCCGCUCUCUUGGCAUGUGCCAGGAGAACGGGAAAAGGAGGAAGAGAAACAGAGCUUCCCUACAUUACCCAAAAGCCAAGGCUCUCCACCACCCUCUUCUUUUUGCAAUAGUGUUCUCAGUCCUGAACGGCCUUCCCUUUUUCUUCCCGCUAAUGGGGAACGCAGGGGACCUGGACGCCAUUCCAAAAACUGGUUAUGGGGUAAGGUGAAGGAUGCACCACGUCCAGGGCCUGGUCGACCCCGCAAAGUAAGGCCACCUGAGGAGGAUGAUGAUGAGGAGGAGGAGGAGGAGGAUGAUGAUGAUGAGGAGGAGGAGGAGGAUGAUGAGGACGAUGACGAGGAGGAGGAGGAGGAGGAGGAUAGAACUGACAUUAAUAAGGUCACAACAUCAUCACCAACCCUAUUGCCCUUAGGUAAUGAGCCUGACUCCACAUCAACCUGUCCCUUGGAGGCUCCCAGGCACUCUACAGUUCCACUCCCACGCAGCAGAGGGCGGCCUCCACGGAAGAAACGUGGCCCAAAACGCAGGUUUGGUGUGGAUCCUGAAGAUGGAUUGCCAUCGUUGCCACAUAGCACAAGGCUAAGUGAACCUGCUCCAGUUCGACAUGCCUUUUUCAAUGAGAGCAGUGCAGAUGAGGAGGAGGAUGAGGAAGAUGAGGAAGAAUCAAGGACUCGUUCUCCACCUGUCCUCACCAAGCCCACAUUAGGACUUAAAUGCAAGUCUCAGAAGUCCUUACAAAAGAGGCAUGCACGUCAGCGCAGCCACCCCCAUAGCAGUGUAGUGACCGAGACCAUCUCAGAGACCACUGAGGUUCUGGAUGAGCCAUUUGUGGAUUCAGAUUCUGAGAGGCCAAUGCCCAGAUUAGAAGAGGAGACUCCGUUCGGCAACCCUCUCCGACGCUACACAGCAGCCCGCAAACACAUGAAACUUGCCCCCAAGAGCAUCAGCAGAAGCAAUCUGACUGAAUCAGAGGAUGAUGGUCCCACUCCUGUGCUGAAGCCAGUUGCUGGCCUGAGAAGACCUGAACCUUCAGAAACCACAACAACUGAGGUGCCUGAGGUCCCAGUAAAGAAGAAGAAAGGCUGGCCUAAGGGCAAGAGUCGCAAGCCACUGCACUGGAAGAAACGUCCAGGCAGGAAGCCUGGUAGUGGAGCCAGUCAGACAGCUGACUCCAGUCUUGCAGUUCCAUCCUCGGAGUACCCACCGCCCCCAAAGAUUAAAAUGAAACCUGGCAGGAAACCUCGCAGCUUUUACCUGCAGCGGGAUCAAGAGGAGGCAGCCAGACAGGAGUUGGAGCAGAACCAGUUGGCUCAGCAGCAAUUAGAUAAUUCAUCACUGGAGGACAGAGCCUGUAAGAAGACAACAAAAACCUUAACUGACCUUAACCCUGAGAAGCGGAAAGAUACAGAAGAGGAGGAUGAUUUCCUUCAGAACUUUAGAGAACCAUCCAAACCCAAAAAGCGAGGUCGACCACCAAAAAAUACCAACCUCACUCCCUCUGUACCAAAACCACCUUCUGUGUCUGAGCCAGAAGAGGAAGACGAGGAGGAAGACAGACCAUGGGCAGUGGAGAAGACUAGCCGUCAAUCUUCUUGUACCAUGUCACAGUCUUCCAGCACCAGUGUCCCUCAGCCAAGAGCUAACACAGACAUGGCAGAUGCAGAGGAGAAUGAAGAGCAUGAUGAUGAAGAUUGUGAUAACAGGGUUAGUCGGAGAAUAGCAACGACACCAGGCUCAGGAAGCCGGCGUAGUGAUGACCAUGAUGCCGAUGAUGAAGGGGAUGGUCGUAUAGAAGAGAAAAGUGACAGUGGCAGCAGCAGCAGCAGUAAAAGGAGGAAAGGUCAAGACUCUGAGGAUGAUGAAGAGGAGCAAGAGGAUGAAGAAGAAGAAGAGGAGGAACCAUCAUCGCCAGCUCACUCUCCGCCCGUGAAAGAAGAACCACAAAGCAGUGAAGGUUUUGUAGACAUGCAGGGAAACGUGGCCCGGGACUAUGUCAGCAAACAGGAGGUGGGGGAGGAAGAGGAUGCAAAAGUGGAAGGGGUGAAGACGAACUCUGUUGAUGGUCAGGAUGAACGGCAACGACGAGAACAGGAGGAAUCUGCAGCAGCCGCGGCAGCCGUAGAGACAGUAACUGCCAUCACAACCCCCUCUGAACCACUGGACAUGCAGCCUCUAAAUGUUGAGGAGAAGGCUGUGCUCAUUAUGGAUACGGAGCACUCACACCAGCACCCUGAUUUUAAAGAUGACCAGAGCCACCACCAACACACGCAUCACCACAGUAGUGAGCUGGAUCUGGAAACUGUGCAGGCAGUUCAGUCACUUACGCAAGGCGAGGCCCAGGAGGAGGAAUCCGAGUCCCAUGGGGCCUACCUGGACUGCGAGGAGACAAUGGCUGCCUGUCGCACACUCCAGAGCUACAGUCAUGGUGAGGUAGAUGAGGAAACACUAGCCCUGGUGGAGGACUGUGGAGCCUCCCAGCACAGCCCCAUGCCCAAUCCACCAAUGCCCACUUUACCGAACCAGUCUGUGCAUUCAGUCAACAGCCCUGGAAUGACGUCUGGUCCUAUGGAGACUGGACCAGGAGUACCUGGUCCCACAGGAAAUGGAGUGGGAGCAGUUGGAGGGUAUACCCAAAUAACCCCAGAGCACCCCAGUUCUCUAUCAGCUCCUACUCUACAAAACAUGGAGACAUCCCCCAUGAUGGAUGUGCCAUCAGUUUCAGAUCAUUCCCAGCAGGUGGUGGACAGUGGCUUUAGUGAUCUGGGCAGCAUAGAAAGCACCACAGAAAACUAUGACAAUCCAAGCAGUUAUGACUCAACGAUGGGUGGUGGAGGAAAUGGAGGAGGGAAUGGAAGUAAUGGAGGUGGCAUGUCUGCGGUUUCAGCAGCAGUGGUGGCUGCUUCCACAUCUUCGUCAUCUUCAUCUUCUAGUUCAGUCACACCAUCAUCUUCGCAAAGCAACAGCUGCUCCUUUGUCUCAACCCCUGGAUUGACUUCCUCUAGCACCGGGGUUGGCUCACAGAUUGCCAUGGGUAGCUGUAGCCUUAUCCAACAAGCAGGUUCUGGGCCUACCAAUGCACCUGGAUCUAACGGUGGUAGUGGUGUCCCACAACCUCCACCCCCACCACCUCCCCCUUCUGCUAGCACUCCAAGUUGUAAUAUAAAGACUUCACAAGGAUGUGUCAUUGAAAGGCCACCAAGUGCCAGUCAGCAACAGCAAAAGAAGGUGUCACAGCCUCCUCACCAACAGCAAAACCCAACACCACAGCCUUCACCCUCUGCUCCACCUCCACCUCAUCAGCAAGCACUCUCACAGUGCAGCAUGGGGAAUGGCUUCGCUUCCACACCCAUGAUCAUGGAGAUCCCUGAAAGUGCAGGCAGUGGAGGAGGAGGGCGCACUUUGUAUGACCGCAUGGGCCAGGAUUUUGGUCCUGGAGGCUAUGGCCAGCCCUCUGCUACUUUCAGCUUAGCCAAACUCCAGCAACUAACCAACACCAUCAUGGACCCCCAUGCCAUGUCUUACUCUCAUUCUGCAGCGGUCACUUCAUAUGCUACAAGUGUUUCUCUGGCCAACCCAGGGUUGGCACAACUUGCAUCCUCCCCACACCCAUCACUGCCUCAGGCACAGCCAACUAUGACCCCACCUCCCAAUUUGAGUUCUGGCUCCAUGAAUCUUGGCUCUCCUUUGAUUCAGUGCAACAUGCCAGGGCCCAACAUUGGACUUCCUCCUCCACCCCAUACACAGCGAUUGCAAGGCCAAAUGGGCACCGUAAAGGGCCACAUUUCUAUUCGGUCCAAAGCCUCUCAAAUUCCAGCUGGCUCCUCUCACCAGCAGCAGUUGUACAGUCGCAGCUCUGGUGCUGUGACCAUGCAAGGUUCCCCACGCACUCUAACAGUGCAGCGUGGGAUGAUGCCAAACCUAAUGCCCACACCUGCUGCUUACAACUCUAUGAACAUGAAUCCACUAAAUGCUGCCAUGUCAGCUGGUUAUCGCAUGCCGCAGCCCAUGAUGAACAGUGGGUACCACAGCAACACACCCUAUAUGAAUCAGUCAGCCCAGUAUCCCAUGCAGAUGCAAAUGGGCAUGAUGGGAGGACAGGCCUAUCCACAGCAGCCUAUGCAGCCCAAUCACCAUGGUAACAUGAUUUACACGGGCCCCUCGCACCACAGCUAUGCUGGUGUCCCCAAACAGUCACCUUACAUGAGCAGAUGAACACCAGUGUACCAGCAGAUGGAGAGAAAGCUAAGAGAUGUUUCCACUGAACUUUGCAUCUCUACUUCAUUCAUUUAGAUCCACCCUCCAAAGUCAGGGCGAAAAGACAAGUGAGCUUAAUGGAAGAAGAGAACAUAGAGGCUGCAAAAAUUUAUUUUGCUUUCUUAAUAUGUUGUCAUCAAGCUCUGUUCCUUUGGGUUCAUUUCCUAAUUGCCUGAGCUGGGAAGAUGAUGAGAGGAUCAUGGGAGAUGAUUUAAUGGACCUUUAUUGUGGCAAGUGUAGACUGCCUUCUAUCUGCCAUCAUCCAUGAGACAGAGAGGGCGAAGCAUCAAAGCAGCUAAAGGAGAAGUGAACCUAACCUUUUAAACUGAGAAACAAGUACAUUUAUGUUGUUAAUGAACACAUUGAAUCAUGCACAGUCUUCAAUUGACAAAGGAAGCCUUACCUAAAAGGAGACAAAAUAAUUGUAGAUGGACUUUAUUUUAUUUUAUUAUCAUUUACUUUAUUUUUAAUAAUUUCUCCUUUUUUUAUGACCGUUGAGAUGGUUGUGUUUCAGUCUGACCUCAUGGUUUGUGUGUGGCUGUUUUGGAAAAAGUGAUUAAAGCUUGUUUGCUCAUUCACUCACCUGAACAUAAAUACAUCCACUCAAAUACACAGCUCUAUAGCCACUUGAGAAAUUGCAUGGAGGAACUUGAAAUGGGGUUCUAGUCGGCAGACAGAAGGUGUGCAUUGUCUGUAAAUCCGUGUCUUCCCAGUAUGGAAUCGUGUCUAUCCAAACUUUACAGUGGGAAGAACCCAAAACAGAGGUAAAAGACUGCUUCACUUGGAGUUGCAUGUCUGAUUGAAGUGACCAAGCAUCAUUCUUCAUACCGUAGACUGGACUGAGCAGAAUUCCUUUGAAACUAGUUCAUGUAAAUAUUCUGGUACUACCUGGUUCACAGCACAGACCCGCGCUUUCAUAAACACUCCACAGAUGUCACUAGAGAGCACAGCAGUCUAUUAGAGGGAAUGUUUGUAACUUCAUUCUACAUAGUGCACCAUCUACAUAAUGUAGAGGGUAAAAAAUGGUGUAACAACACAGGAGCAUGUCUGCAAAGCAGUCAGAUAUGGUUGUUAGUAUUGUAACUGCUCAUUCAAUGAGGUUAAUGAUUCCUCCUAAAGUAGGCCUUACUGUGGUACCAGUAAAUAGUGCUCAUCAAACUCCAGCUGAUCAUGCGGUUGUGAUCGCUGUUGGCAACAAGGAGUUGUACAAAUAAGUAGAUUCGUGUCUGCAAUGCACACAUGGACUAACAAAUACUUAUACCUAGGAUAAAGGAUAAAGUGCACGAUGUUCUGAAAUGGUUACUGUUUUAGGACAAUGGGCAGCAGAUUUCUUAAUGAUCCAGUAUUCAUUGUCAAUAUGACGACUCUUUCUCAAAGAUCUGUCGUUUCAUAUAUUAUUUGUGCGCUAUUGUUUUUCUGAAUUUUAUCAGACUGGGCAGCUUUCUUUUAUGACACAAGCUGACUCUUUUUGACUUUAGAAGAAUUCUUGUAGAGAAAAUGUUUUUUCUAAAAUAUAAAAGAGAAAUUCUGACAUGGAUAUUGGUACUGUCAUUUUUUUCACUUCUGUUUCAGGAAAAAAAAACAAUGCAUAUUUUUUAGCUCGACUCUUGGGGUAAUAUUAUUAAGAAAUUAAAAACUAAAAAAAAUUACAAAUCACUUUUAGUGAAUUUAAGAUGCCUUUAACCUUUCCAUUCCAUCUCAUAUCUAGAGUUUUCUAUCUUUGUGUAGUAUAUUAAUGCUAUUUUAAAACAAAAGGAAAAGCAGAUAUCUAAAGGUCACUUAGCAUUAUUUUCUUUUGUUUUUCUUGGUUAUUGUGUGUUUAAGACAACUUCCUUACAUCUACAAGGCAUGUAAAAAUGAGCUCAGUAUAUUUCUGUCUGUUUAUAUUGCUUAUCUUUUCGUAUACUUUGUUAUUGUACAUGGUGAGUUGUAAGCCAAGAGAGAGCCUGGUACCCAGAGAAAGAGAGCGAGCCAAGCUGGGGCGCUCAGUGAUGGUCGUAAGCGUCCGCCUUCCACUCCUCUCUGUUUUGUCCCUGUAUGUAUUUCCAUUUGUUCGUUUCUUUCUUUUUUUUCUUAGCAAGUACUUAAAAAAAAACUCUGUACAUUUUAACAUGAAACAAAAAUAAAUUAUGUUGAGCCAUUUCAUUUGUCAUUGUAUUUUUAACUACAUCUUUUCAGAGAUUUCACAGCUUUUUGCCUUGCAGAAGUCAUUCAGCUAUGUCAGUUCCAUGCCAGUGCUAGCACAGCGUGGCUACUCGAUUACAAUUUUAUAAUUUAAUCUUAUUUAACUAGAGGUGUUUUUUUAUGUUUUCUAUCUAAAGCAGUGGUUCACAUCCUAUACAGACGUAGGAACCCAGACUCUUUCCUUUUGAGUCUUUCUUUGAAUUAUGAGUAUAUGUAUUAGAAUGCUAAUGUGCAGAUUUUCAUUUUCUCCUCCUUUUCCUGCAAUUGGACCCCCCGGUUGAAUUACUUGUAUCUUGUUCGGGAUAAAGGUAAAAAUGCACGAUGUUGUGAAAUGCGUACUGUUUUAGGACAAUGCGGGCUGAUACUUUCUUUUUUUAGAAAUUGACUCUCGAAUGUAACGAGUUGUUAUGAGUUGUGGUCACACAUCUGUGUAAGUUUAU